UUUAAGGCGACGAGAUUCGCCAUCUGUUUUCAAAUUUCAUUCCUCCAUGAACUUUAUUUUCCCCGACUUUGGGAAAAAUUAUAACCUGAUCGAUCCUCUAUCUGGCCACCGUGUACAUAUAUUUUCAGUGGCGGUCUUCCACUUUGCUUUCAGUUGGCUGGUCAAUUUUUUGUCUCGUGGACACACAGGAACACGCGCAGAACACAUUUUACAGAGCAGAUAGAAAAACUUAAGUGCAGCCAGUUUGGGUGUAGAGGGCUAGACCCAUAUGAGCUUCUCAAUCUCUUUCUCUCCACCCCCUCUCUGCUCUGCUCUUUCCCCGCGUCCUGGACCUCUCUGUCAUGCUCGCUUGCUCUCCCCCUAGCAAACACUGUCAACCUGCCUCGCCCUCUCAUAUAGCGUUGUUUCUCGUCAUGUCUCCAUCUGGUUCGCAGCUUCUUCUUCCUGUCCCAUCUCUUACGCACCGCGGACGCAGAUGGAAGUGACAUAGGAAACGUUUAGAGCGGACAACAUUUUUUUGCAUUUGUCCUCUUUUCUUUUAGCACACUAGCCUAUUUGUUUUUAGGCAGGACAUUUCAACAGAGUUUUGUUUGUUUUCUUUACCAGCCUGUUUGUGUACACCAGUCUACUCAUACUAGGUCCGUUUUUCUUUAACCUAAUACUCAAUAUUCCGAUUAUUUUCUGUUUAUCAAUAACUUUUAUAGCUAUAGCCUACCCUAUUUAUUAGCCUAUUUAUAUUUAUUUGAGUUGUUUUAGCCUACUAUUAUGCACAUGUGGAGGAUCGGCAGUGAAAAGUGCUCAUGAGUUGAUUCCCAGUCGUCAGAAAGCUCUGUCUAUGUCAGUUACGUCGACCGGACCCCGGAAACUCAAGUGGGACCUACUGCCAAGUCGAUGAGAGCGCAUCGGAGAAGUGUAACAUCACUACGCGGGACUUCCUUCGUCUCUCCGUCCGGAACCAGCGCAGUCCAAAGAGGUCCAGUUCAGUGGGGUGUUUGGAGUUCGGGCUUCGGCCUCAGGUGCAUCUCUGAGGCGGGGCGACGCGGGAGUCCAGGUGUAGUGGAGGCAUGGACUGUAACUGUGUCAGUGAUCUGUUGCUCACCCCCCCUGUCCCUGCCCUCUGGACUCCAGGUGAGGCAAGCAGGAUUGGGGCACUUUUUUGCGGAAGCCGGGGCAUUGCCUUCCCAGACUGGGCCUACAAGCCUGAGUCGAGCCCCGGCUCGCGACAGAUUCAGCUUUGGCACUUCAUCCUGGAGCUGCUGCAGAAGGAGGAGUACCAGAGUGUGAUUUCCUGGCAGGGGGAAUAUGGAGAGUUUGUCAUCAAGGACCCUGACGAGGUGGCCAAACUGUGGGGCCUCAGGAAAUGCAAACCCCACAUGAACUACGAUAAGUUGAGCAGGGCGCUAAGGUACUACUAUAAUAAGCGUAUUUUGCACAAAACCAAAGGGAAGCGUUUCACCUACAAGUUUAACUUCAGUAAGGUGGUGCUGGUGAACUAUCCUCUGCUGGACAUGGCCAGCUCCCCCUUCCUGCUCCAGAACCACUUCAAUGGGGGCUCCGCCGCGCCUGACUGCAGCCCUCUCACACCCGAGGCCCUGCAGUCACUGUUCCCUCGUUUGCCAGAGUCAGGGAGAGGAACCUCCCUGUUUGAUCGAGUGGCCACAGCCCCGGGACCAGAGGGAGAUAAACUGAGACUGGACACAUUCCCCUUCCUCAGCUCAGCCGCUCCCUGUUACUCCAAGCCCCCGUCCCUGUUGGGUCCUUACCCCCGCAACCCUCCCUUCGACUACCCCUGGGGCUUCAAUCCCUACCUCUCAGGGGCCUUCUCCCUCAACAACUGCCCCAAGCUGCCCCCCGGCUCCCUCUAUCCCUCCCACUUCUACCCCAACCCGCUGCAGACCAGCCUGGGCCAGCUGCCUCACCCCUUCUCCUCCCUACUACCCCCGGGAGAGGUGGCAGGAGGGGGAGAGAGGGGAGCAGCGGGCCAAACCGGGGUUACUAACAGCACGGCAGGUGGGCAGCCCAGACUCUGCUUGCCUCCUUAUCCUGGUGCUCUGUCGCUGGGCCGAACAGACAUUCUCAACGGGGGCUCUGUGGGUGAGAGGGAGAGAAGGGAGAGCAAUACCCCAGGCACGGAGCCUGGGUUGGGGAUAGGGUUAGGGUUAGGGCUGGGUCUGGGAGGGAUGGGUCUUGGUGGUGGUGCUGGGGGGCGACAGAGCCCAUCGGAGCGACGAGGCGGGGUGAAGCAGGACCCAGAGUCAGACUCGGACCUGGAGAUCACAGAUCUGAGUGACUGCAGCUCAGACAACGAGCCUGACUUCAGCAUCACCAAGGAGACCAGGCUGAGUGGUCGAUCACAGAUCCUGGUGGAGGGGAAGAAAGGGGGAGCACUGCCACCUCUCUCCUCCCUUCCUCCCCUCGUGUCCUCCCAUCCCCUCAAGAGCCUGGUGCCCCUUACCCCUUCCCCUCCGUCCCUCCCUCUAUCCCUCUCUCCCUCCAUGGCUCUGGUUGAACGGCACAGGGAGACAGAGACUCUAAAAUUGAUCCACAGCUAAUAGAUUCUAUUAGAUAACUCUCUCUCUUUCUCUCCCCUCUCUCCUUCUCUCUUUCGCUCCCUACAUCUGUUAUGUUGUCCUUUAUUUGAGCCAUCUUGCCCCGUCUCUCUGUUUUUUUUUCUUCCUCUCUCUCUCUCUCUCUCUCCACCCUUCUUCUCUUUCUCCACCCUUCCUCUCUCUCUCUCCAACCUUCUUCUCUUUCUCCACCCUUCCUCUCUCUCUC